AAAUCUGUACUAUAUAUAUUUAGAAUGCUGUGGUGUUUAUGUAUAACUAGAACCCCCUUUUUUUUCCUCUUCUAAAUCAUAUUGAACAUGAUUUGUUGUAGCAGUAUCUCCCUGCUGCUUCCAUUGAGAAUUCAGCUGUUUUCAUGGCUUUAUUUCUUGCCUUUAUAUUCAAUCUUUUUCGGUAUCCAUGUUGCUUUCGUGUCCGGCGAAUGUCUCAUAUGCCGGGAGGAUCAGAUGUCUUUGUUGCUGCAACUGAAGAACACCCUCAAAUUCAAUGCUGCUGCAUCAAGUAAUCUAGUUUCCUGGAAUCCGAGCACAGAUUGCUGUUCUUGGAGAGGUUUAACCUGGGAUGCCACUGGUCAUGUUGUCGCUCUUGAUCUCAGUAGCCAAUCAAUUUCUGGUGGAUUCAGUAGCUCCAGUAGCAUUUUCAGUCUACAACAUCUCCAGAGCUUGAAUUUGGCUAACAACACCUUCUACUCCUCUCAGAUUCCAUCAGGAUUCCACAAGCUUGUUAACUUGACUUACCUGAAUUUGUCGAAUUCCGGCUUUUCUGGGCAGAUUCCAAUCGAGAUUUCACUGUUGACAAGGUUAGUAACAAUUGAUUUCUCUACCCUUUAUUACAUCCCUGGAGCUCCUACAUUGAAACUUGAGAACCCAAAUCUGACAACGCUGGUUCAGAACCUCAAUGAGCUCAGAGAACUCCAUCUUAAUGGUGUAAACAUAUCGGCCGAGGGGAAGGAUUGGUGCCAGGCAUUAUCAUCUUCAGUGUCUAAACUGCAAGUGCUGAGCUUGUCCAACAGUUUUCUUUCUGGUCCUAUUGAUUCUUCUCUGAAGAAGCUUCAAUCCCUCACGAGGAUUCAUCUGGAUAACAACAAUUUUUCUGCUCCAGUUCCACAUCUCUUUGCAAAUUUCUCAAAUUUGAUUCACUUGCAGCUCAGUUCUUGUGGAUUAUAUGGAACAUUUCCAGAAAAGAUCUUUCAGUUACGGACCCUCAAAAUUCUUGAUUUGUCAAAUAACAAGGUACUUGAGGGUUCUUUGCCAGAAUUCCCUCUGAAUGGAUCUCUAGAAACCUUGGUGCUCAGUGAUACAGAAUUUUCAGGGGAAGUACCCAACUCCAUAGGCAAUCUCAAGAGGUUGACUGGAAUAGAGCUUGCGCGGUGCAAUUUCAGUGGUUCAAUCCCAAAGGCGAUGACAGACCUUACUCAAUUGGUUAACUUGGACUUCUCUCAUAAUAACUUCUCUGGUCCAAUCCCAUCUUUCAGUUUCUCCAGGAAUCUCACCCAAAUAAACGUUUCUCAUAAUUAUUUAGCAGGGCAAAUCCCAUCAUCACUAGGACAGCUCCGACAGCUUGAGUCAUUAGACCUCUCACUGAACAAGCUGAGCGGGGAGAUCCCUACACAGCUCACUACCCUUAGUUCCCUUUCAUUCCUGAACCUCUCAUUCAAUCAAUUAGUGGGAAGCAUCCCAAAAGGUGGUAAAUUUCUAAGGUUUUCAGAAAAUUCUUUCGUGGGUAACAGAGGAUUAUGCGGCUCCCCCCUAAAUGCAAGUUGCGAAGAUGCUACACCACCGACGUCUGAGGAGAUUCAGUGGAAAUAUAUAGCUCCUGAACUUGGAUUUGUGACAGGGUUGGGAAUUGUGUAUUGGCCUCUAUUGUUGUGCAAGAGAUGGAGGAAAUGUUACUACAAACAUGUUGAUGGAAUUCUUUCAAGGAUUCUCCAUAACCAAGACCAAGGAAGACAAAGUUGUGGAAGAAGAGCUCACAGAAUUCGGCGGCGGAGAAUGUAGCAGUGGCGCAGAGGGAUGUAGCUACUCAUCAAGAGUCUUAUCUGUUAUCCAUUUUGAUCUCCAUUAUCACCAACAAUAGAAACUGAACAUAUAUAUAUAUAUAUAUAUAUAUAUAU